CAUUUCCUCCGCCCGCGGACCCUCCUCCCGCGAAGGGAGUCGGUUUCCUGCCCCGCCACCGCCCGCACUCGGCGCUGACUGCCCGGGACAUGCGGACAUGGCCCCCGCCGCCGCCCCUCUGCUGCCGCUGCUGCUGGCGCUGCUCGGCCCGGCGGGUCCUGGGAGAGCUGAGGGCUGCGACCUGCGACCGGUGACGGCGGAGCCACCCAUCACCCUGUCCUAUGCCACCAGCACAGUGACACGAGGCUGCAUCAGUAGCAGCUCCCUGGGCACCGGCCACGAAGUCCAUGUUCUCAACAUCAAGUGGACCAAGGUUUCUGCCAUCCCUCUGAAGGUGUCUGUUACACCACGAACUGACGGCUGCACCCGGCCAGUGGUGCUCAUCAUCUUUUGCUCCCGCUGCUUGGCCACCAUCACCUCCCCGUGCCCAGACCUGCUCGUCCGCAACGACACCCACCUCAGCCUGUUGACCACCACAGCACCGGGCUCCGAGCCACUCGUUGCCAGCGAGGGGCAGCUGCUGGCCUGGGCUCAGGGCACCUAUGGGGGCAUCACAUCCUACAGCGAGCUGCGGGACCCCCGCUGGGUCCAGCUCCAACUGGGAGAAGAUGCCAGCAGCCCCCCAGACUGCAUCCCCCGGGAGCAUUUUAAUGCUGCGUCACACCUCGAGACUGAGGUCUUCUUCCACGGGGUGAAGGGCUGCUCGCAGGAGGAUGCCCAGAACACCAGGGCUGCCCACAUUGUCCGCCUGCAGCCAGAGCCCAGCUCCCCCAUCACAGAGGUGAACCUGUCCCUGAGCUGUCCAGAGAGAGCCGCGAGCAACCAGAUCUUCAUCCUGCAGAGCUGGGCCAACCUCACCUGGUCCCUCUCCGUCGACAAGUGCAACAUCCAGUUCCUGGUCUCCGGGAACUACAAGAUUGUGUCCAUGUCCCCAAUGCUCAUCCCUGGGGAGCUCCUGCCUGACACAGAACAGGGCCUCAUCGCCAAAGCCUUUGAGAAGAACUACAGCAUCAUUGCCUCCUACUCCAUCAUCCCUGUCAGCACCCACAUCAGCCUGGAGAUCCAGGAGCAUGAGAUGGUCAGGAAGGUGCCUGUGAUGCCCACUACCUCGGCCCCUGCCCGUGACCGCGACACACUGCCCCGUGCAUUGCUUUUAAUGCUCCAACCCUGGAAGUGCACGGAUGAAACCUUGGAGAUUGUCAUCGCCAGGUACCUCCUUGAGCCCAUCAAGGAUGUGGUGAAUAUCACCCUGCGGGACAUCAGCUGCCAGGCAGAGAAAAACGCCACUCACUUUAUGCUGAAAACCCCUCUCAGCCACUGCGGCACCUUGCUGGAGGGCAGGGGCCACGCCAACAAUGAGCUCAUCCUCAACCUGGCCAAGGGCGCAGCACUCCGGAGCGUGCGGGUGGGCUUCCAGUGCAACAUCCCGCGGGAGCUCUUCCUGCGCCUCUUCCCCACUGCUGCCUUUGAGGCACCACAGACAGAGCUGGAGGUCAACAAGGAGGCAUUUGUGCAGGCAUCCAUGCAGUGGGAGGACCAUCCGGCUGACCUGCAGCUGAAGGAGUGCUGGCUGGUGGCACCGGGUUGGGAGCCGGUGCUGCUGGUGCAGGGCGGGGAGGCACACGGUGCAGGAGUGGCUGUGCUGGAGGGCCCCCCCAGCAGCCACGGGAGGAAGGUCUGGCGCUUCCGCUUCACCUACUCCGUCCCAGAGGGUGGGCGCGUCCCCUUCUCUGCCACCCUCAAGUGCAAGGCUGGUUUGCAGAACAACACCAUCUUCGAGAAGGUCUUGGAGGUGACAGUGAAGGAUGGCUGGCGGCCACCCAACAACCGUGGGCUGGGGCUGGCCGCUGUCCUGGGCAUCACCUUUGGCGCCUUCCUCAUUGGGGCACUCCUCACCGCUGGGCUCUGGUACAUCUACUCGCACACCCGUCCCAUCUCCAAACUGCAGCCGGUUUCCAGCACAGCGCCAGCCUCGGAGAGCAGCAGCACCAACCACAGCAUCGGCAGCACUCAGAGCACCCCCUGUUCCACCAGCAGCAUGGCCUGAGCCCCCUGGAGCUCCCUGAAUGCACCAAGCCCUCGGACGCCGGACUUGGGGACCCACCCGGGCCCCAU